CGUGCGACCUCUCAGCCCAAACGCCCAGCACAACAUUUCCCCAGCCCCCCUGCUCUCUCUCUACCUCGCCCUUUCCCCUGCCGCCAGCCAGCUAGGGUUACGGCCGCCGGAUAGCGCAGCACAGCAAUGCCUCUGACAGCGCCGAUGGCAGGCGCGCGCCUGGGCGCGGGGCCGGGGACGGAGGUGGACGGGGGCUUCGACUUCGCCUUCGCCUUCGCCUUCGGCAAUGAUGCUUUCUCCGAUAAGGUACUGCGCCUAGAGGUCGUCGGCAGCGACGACGCGCCCGGGUCCGGCACCGACGCCGCCAGCCGCAAGCGCCGCCGCGAGGAGGCCGAAGAUCAUGAUGGAGAAGGUAUUGACUCUUGUACUCUGGUAAUUUUACAAGUCAAGACCAUGCGUGUCUGUUCGGUGAUUCUUGCUGCAAAGAGUCCUUUCUUUCUCAAGCUUUUCUCAAAUGGCAUGAAAGAAUCUUGCCAGAGACAUGCAACGAUUAGAAUUGCUGAUUCAGAGGAAAGGGCCUUCAAGGAGCUUUUACACUUUAUGUAUAGUGGAAAGUUGACACCAGCAAUUGAGCCCACUCUUUUGGUUGACAUCUUGAUGGCUGCUGACAAAUUUGAGGUCGUUUCUUGCAUGGAGCAUUGCUGUCAGCGUUUGUCACGCCUGCCUAUGACCCCAAAAUCGGCAGUGAGGUGCCUAGAUCUUCCUUGUUCCAUUUCUAUGGCUGCCACCCUGACAAAGACGGCCAAAAAAUUCCUUGCUCAAUGGUACAAGGAUUUUCUGUCAACAGAGUUUCAAGAUGAACUCAUGAGGGUCCCUCUUGCUGGGAUCCAGGCCAUCUUAUCAAGCAAUCGCCCUCGGACUGCAUCUGAAGAAUCCAUCUAUGACUUUGUGCUCAGGUGGGCACGUUCACAGUACCCAAAUUCAGAGGAAAGGGACAAGAUUUUGAGUUCAAGGUUACUUCCAUUAGUGCCACUCAGUAUGACCGAUGCCAUUCGAAUUGAUCAUCCGUCUAACAUAGUUAACUUCACUAUAAACCGUGAUCUGUGCAACAAUCUCUUCCCAUUAGGAACGGUGCGUUCAGUGCCGUUCAAUUGCGAAGGGCUUGCCUUCUUCAUCUCGGCAUGCUGUAAGGAGAAGGAGCAGUUGCAGUUUUUUAACCUCUCAAUAAAUAUGAUAGAAGGCAAAGGGGCGACAUGGGGGCCUAUAGAUUAUAAGAUUGAGGUAAUGACAAGACGUUCGCUGGAGUUUGUCACCAAACACAGGCACACCACUCCCCCCAAUACUAGGCAAACUGUUGGAUGCAAGGUUCCUUGGUCGGAGUUAAUGGCUGACGACAGCACCUUUUUCAUCGACGGCAAACUCCAUGUGCGAGUUCAUGUGAAGAUAUCACAGCAGGCGUAGUAACGCGUGCAUUAGCUGCUAGCUUUUUGUGUGCCGCGCUCAAGUCCCUUUUUGUUUUUGCUGAGCGAGGAGCAGCCCCUGUCAUUCUGAAGUACGAAGAAACCUGAUCCUGGGUGCUAUAGUUAUUUGUUACAGUAGUAUUUUGCGCUGCUCCCUUUUGGUGACUAGAAUUAAUGUUGCAUGUAAAUAUCUAGAGUUUGGUGCCGGAGUAUUGCUGAGGAUCUCUUUGAUAGUUUGAUUCGAGGGAAUGCUAUCCUUAUGAUCUAUGUUAUGCUAUUAUCAUUAUGUAAUCCUUGUAAUCUGAUUUAUGUUAUAACUUGCGUGCUCUGUGGCUAUAUGGACUUUGGCAUCAUGUGCUGCUGUAUUGGUCAAUCUUCACAAAACCCUGUUGCUUUGCGGAUGA